GUUAGGUAUAUUAAAUUAAUUGUUGUUCUUUUAGUAUUUCAUAACUUUGUCAACUUUUAAUUAUCCAUGUCAAAAUAAGUUACCAUGUCCGAAGACAAAACAUACCCAAAAUUUAAAAGCUUAAAGGAUAAACUCUCCAAAACGACUUUAAAAGCCAUUAAAAAUAUGGGCUUUAAGCACAUGACUCCGGUACAAGCAGAUGUACUACCCACAGCACUAGAUGGUCGCGACGUGGUCGCUACGGCAAAGACUGGUUCCGGAAAAACAUUGGCUUUUCUGGUUCCAGUUGUGGAAUCUAUAAGUAACCACUUAAUGGAUAGUCCAAUCACAGGUACAUUAUGUAUUGUUAUAUCACCCACAAGAGAGUUAGCUACACAGACAUAUUCAGUUCUGCAAGACUUACUCUCAUAUCACAGCACAAUCACAUCAUGCUUGGUCAUAGGCGGCGAGAACAGAAAGAAACAGAGUGCUGAAUUAUCAACAGGUGUUCAUAUAGUAGUGGCUACUCCAGGCAGAUUAUUUGACCAUAUGCGCACAAAAGAGUUUGACUAUACACAUGUUAAAUGCUUGAUUUUGGAUGAAGCUGAUAAAAUAUUCCAGUAUGGGUUUGAAGAGGAUUUGAAACAAAUUAUUGGCAGGUUGCCAAGAAAAAGACAAACAAUGUUAUUUAGUGCUACAGAGGCAGAAACCACACAAGCUUUGAUAAAGUCGGCCAUGAAAGAUGAUGUCAUAUCUAUUAACAUGAGUGAAGAUAAUAUAAGAGCAACAGUUGAAGGAUUAAAACAGGGAUAUGCUAUAUGCGAGACAGAAUAUAGAUUACACUGGUUACAUAAAUUAUUGAAGAAAACAGCAUCUUUUAAAGUAAUGGUGUUUUUCUCCAGUUGUAAGUCUGUUAUUUUCCACCAUGAAUUCUUUGGUAAAUAUUGUCAAGUUGCAGUAUUGUGUAUUCAUGGAAAAAUGAACCAAGCUGAUAGGACAGCAACUAUAACAAAUUUCUAUAAUGCCAACAAUGUGGCAUUAUUUUGCACCGACCUAGCAGCCCGUGGUUUGGAUAUACCUGCAGUUGAUUGGAUUGUCCAGUUUGAUCCUCCAGCUGACACAAAUGAAUACAUACAUAGAGUUGGAAGAACUGCAAGAGGCGUAGGAGCUGCCGGGAACGCAGUAUUGUUAUUGCGGCCAGAAGAAAGAGAAUUUGUUGAUUAUUUACAAAACGCUAAAAUUUUCAUGGACAAGUUCGAAUCGUGGAAUCGCUAUCAUAACUUACAGCCAAAGUUAGACGAAGCGUUCAGCGAUCCCGAUUUCCACAAGUUAGCUGUAGACGCGAUGGAAGGCUACAUUAGAUCUUUUGAAGUCAGAAAACUCAAACACGUGUUCAACUUGUUAACCUUAGACCUGGACGCUGCUGCAAGAUCCUUUGGACUGAAAGAGAAGCCAAAUGUCGAUAUUCACGUGGGAUUUAAUAAAAAGCACAGACCAAGAAAAAGAAAAGCAGCAAUGCUAGCAGUUCAAUCUGCACCAAGAGCGAAAAACACGUUAAACAGCUGUAGUUUAAAAGUAAAAUAUGCAUAAAUAUUUAUUAAACCAUGUAUGUAAAUGAAA